CACUUUGGCUCGAACACUUCAUCCACCUUCACACUGGCGUGCAUCACAACACUUACGCUACCCCUCCGACCUCGCUCUUGUCAUCUCCUUCACCGCGUUCCUUUGCUUUGAUACCUCGUGCAGCCUCUGAGUUUGCCACGCUUCACCUCCGCCUUCACCUUGACUUGCUCGCACGUACCAGGCUAAACCCACUCGCCUUCGUCGCGCUUCUACCCACCACCAUCCACCCAACAUGGCCGACUUGCAAGAACUGUUCAGCCGCCUGAAGAGCCCCGCUGCUUCUUCAAACGACCAACAGAACCAGCAACACCAGUCUCAUCCCUCCAUCUGGGCCCAGCCCCAAGUCCACUCCUACCAGCAGCCUUCGGUCUCGUCACCUCUGUUCUCGCCGCCAAUCCACACCCCCAAUCCUCAGCACUCUUCGGCAAUCAUGAGCCCUAGUCUCACACCUGCCCCCGGUGACUCCAAAUCCAACGAUCUCUUGAAUUUGCUCAAGUUCAACUCGAACCAGAUGGCUUCCGGCAUGAGCCCUCUUGCCUCUCUGCAGAACAUCGCCGCACAGAGCCCUUCUCCCCAGCUACACUCUGCGCAGCAACAGUCCCGUUCAGUCUCGUCUCAAGACAUGGUUGCUUCGUUCCAGCAGAAGCCUCUGAACGCUUCUUCUCUGCGUAUCUCCAUGACCUCGCCCCAGCCCGAGCAGAAGUCACAGCAGCCUCUCGGAGACGCUCAGAACUUCCUGCUCGGCCUUCUGAACCGCCCCAAGAACGCUGCCGCCGUAGAUCCUCAAUCCCCGGCUAUGCAGCCCGCUCAAGCCCCCGAGCCCGUCAUCAACGAGCCCGCCUAUGCGGCUGACGCAGUCGACCCUCAGGAUCCUUCGGUCCGUCUGUUCGGUAGCGCCGGAUCUCGCGAGACAACUCCAUUUGAAGGCCCUUCUCACGCAAAGAAGCCCGUCUUCACAUACAUCAACCCCUUCGAGCAGAUGACCGCUUCAUCGCCCAACCCCGCUCUCAUGGCCGAGGGACCCAAGCACCAGCGUGACAUCUCGCAACCCGAAGACGCCGUCAACGGUCCUCCUAACGCAAAGAACCGUAAGAUCGCGUCUUCCCUCCCUUCGCCCUCUCCUUCUCCUCGUCCCGCUCAGACUUCGACCGAUGCUCAGCAGAGCGUGUCCGAGGCUCUCAGCGGUGUUGGCGAGAAGGUCGACAAGCAAGUUGAAAAAGCACUUGCCCAAGCCGACGGCGCCAAGUCAUCUGCCUCGAAAGAGCAGACCAAGGCGACCGAGGAGGUUGCCGAUAGUUGGGAGAGCGCCGACGCCGAUGAGUCGGGCAAGGACAGCAAGGCUUAUGCCGUUCGCGUUUACAACUUCCCCAUGAGACCUUUCGUCUCUAUCACCAUCAACAAGGAUGGUCAAGCCACACCUCUGCGUGCUGAUUCGCUCAUGGACAUCGCUCGCCUGAAGAAGGAAUUCGAGCAGAUCGAUCGUGCGCUUGUCACCGCAUCGCCCAACCACAUUGUCUAUGCUAUGAGCAAGAGCGGCGGUUUCCGCGUGAUCCGUCAGGACUCUGGUAAGGACAAGCAGGUGUUCCGUGCCACGGCAGAGCGUGUCUUCAACGUUCAGGUCUGCACUGCUAGCGGCGCUCACAAGGACAUUGAGACUGUUCUCGCGACCGGAGUCAACGGCUCCGUCUUCUGGACCAGUAUCAACAAAGUCGAGGGCGACUCCUUCGAUGACCUGGACCUUGAAUCGCAGGGCUUCGUUCUGCCUCCCGUCCCUGUUCAAGACGACAACACCUCUGGCAGCCCUGUUAAGACCAGAGCUAAGAUGAGCUCGCGUAACGCAGACUUCUUUGCUAUCUCGAGAGGCAAGUCCAUCUACAUCAUCUCACCCUUUGCCGCUCGCCAGAGCCAAUACACGGACAAGAAGACUCGCGUUGUCGACAAUGACAAGUACCUCCAAGAGCGCUGCUUGAAAAUCUCAACCGGCAAGGCUGGCAAGGACUUUGCAUUCAGCGGCGACGACAGCCUGUUGGCCUCGCUGGACAAGAGCGGACGUAUCAAGUUCUGGGACAUUCGCGACAUGGCCCAACAGGCUCGCGAGACUACUCCCUCUGGCAAGCGUCCUGCGCUCGAGCGCAAGGACCCAUUGCUCACUCUCACCACCACUCUCCCUGCCGAAAAGGCCACACCCUCAUCCAUCAUGUUCGUUGACAAAGAGAGACCUUGCGUUAAGGGCGUUGCUCUCCGCUACCUGCUCGUGGGCUUGAAGCAGAACCACAUCCUUCAGCUUUGGGACCUUGGCCUCAACAAGCCUGUACAGGAGCUCUACUUCCCUCACGACAAGGACUCGGAUGCCAUCUGCAGCAUCUCUUACCACCCCAAGACUGGUAUCAUUGCUCUCGGUCACCCUACACGCAACUCGAUCUACUUUAUCCACCUGUCUGCUCCUCGCUACAACAUCCCUAGCAUGGACCAGGCUAGAUACACAACCAUGCUUGCUGAGCAGGACCCCAACCUGCCUCGUCCUGAAUCGACUGCUAUUAUGAGCGGCAUCCGUGAGCUGUCCUUUGCUUCCAAGGGGCAGCUGCGCAGCGUUGACAUGCUUCACACACCUGUCGCUUCGGAAACUUCCGCCGACGUUCUCUUCGAGCUGUAUGCUAUGCACUCCAAGGGUGUUACAUGCAUGAACAUCAAGCACGAGGACCUGGGAUGGUCUCGUGACAACAAAGUUCUCCACCCUGUUGAUGCCGAGACUUCAGGUCUCAUCUCAGUUGCCAGCAUCUCUCCAAAUGCUGCUACUGCAGAAGCCCCUGCCAAGUCUGCAAAGGCUGCUGCACCUCCCUCGCCCCAGAAGCCCGAGCCUGCUAAGCCUGCCGCUGCUGCCGCAAAACCCGUCGCCAAGCAGGAGCCUGUGGUCAAUGGAACCCCCAAGGUUGAGAAAUUGAAGAAGGCUGCUCCUGAACAGAACACCAUCGAGACUGCGACCAACCCUGCCAUCCUGACCCCCGCUUCGUAUGCUCUCGCUGCUCGUCCUAAGGCAUCUGCCGCUGAGGUUGCACCUUCCGUCAAGGAAACCGCAUCCGCUGCAGCUGCACCUUCAACUGCUCCCGUCGAGAAGUCUACGAAGGCUGCUGAGGUUUCCGCCCCUGUUGAUACCGAAACUAUCAACAAGGCAGUCAGCGAGGUCCUGUCUAGAGAGAUCGAGUUGCUCUACCGCAGACUUGAUGAUGACAAGCGUAUCCAAGACGCUGCUGCUGCCGCCAAGCAGGAUGCAGUGCUCCGCCUUGUCUCGAGCACUCUUACCGACAACGUCGAGAAGACGCUGAACAAGAUCAUCGCUACCAACAUCACCGGCACCGUUGUUCCUGCCAUUGUGCAGACCAGCUCGACUUUGCUGAACGAGAAGCUUACCCUUGCAGUUUCACAGCACGUUGCAAAGAUCGUGCCUGGCGAGCUCAAGGCUUCUCUUGCACCUGCUAUUGCAGCUGCUCUGCAAGAGAAGGAACUCCAGCGCGUCAUCUCCGAGCAGACCGCUUCCAAGCUUGCACCUCAGAUCGAGCAGUCAUUCGCCACUAUCUUGCGCAAUUCGAUUGUUCCUAACUUCACCAACCUCGCCCAGACAUCAACCAAGAAGGCAGUUGCCGACGUUGAGCGUCGUUUCGCCGAGCAGCUUCGCGACGCCGAAGUCAAGCGCGAGAAGGACAACGCCAGGAUCGAGCAGCUUUCAGACCUGGUUCUUGGACUUUCGAACACAAUUCACGAGAUGGCUGCUGGACAGUCGGCCUUCCAAGAGCAGAUCCUCAAGCUCCAGCGCCAGAUUGCCGGUGAGAACUCGGCACCCUCCGCUGUCUCUGAAGCCGAUGUUGUUCAAUCCAUCGAAGACCCCGAACUGGAAGGCAUAACAGCCAUGAUGACCCAGGGCAAAUACGAGGAAGGUACCAUCCAAUGGCUUCAGUCUGAACGCCAAGGCGACCUCUUCGACAAGCUCUUUGUCCGCAUCAACCCACAGUACCUCCAGAGGCUUAGCCCAUUGGUGUCGCUGUCUGUGUCAGCUGCUCUGACUUCGUCGUUUGAGCAGAAUGUUGACGAGCGUCUGUCUUGGCUCAGCACUGUCUUAUCGACCAUCAACCUCAAUGACCCUGAGAUCAGAGAGGUAGCACCUAAGAUCAUGGAUGUUCUCCAGCAGCGUAUGCAGGGAGCAUACAUGUCGAUUGCCGAGAACAACGCCCAGGACCCUGCCCUCCGCAUCGUCUCAGGCCUCUCUCGCCAAAUCAACGACAUCAAGAAUCAGAGCCUCACUCGUUGAGCUUGACUCCUGAACAGUUCUUUGAUGAACUUGUAACAAUGACACCAAAACUCGAGGCCCGGUGCUGAAACACGCCCGGUUCCUUGCUUGAUUCAGCACGACGCCUCAUGGCUUCGAUCUCUGAUGACAUUACGGAUGAUGAUACUUUGGCCAGGCGGAGGCUCAUUGCGCAUAGCGGCCUCGCGGCAUUUCGUGGGUGGGACACCUGGCUAUGAAGGAUGCCUGAUGGCAAUGUUUCAACAAGGAACGACAAUAAGCAUAGCCUGGUUCACAACGAUAGGAGGAAUAGGGGAAAGGGGUAGAUACACGAAGCUGCUCUGAUAAUUAAAAGUAAUGGAAUGUAAUUUAUGACGAACCUGCUUGACUG